CGUUAUACGAAGCACUUUAGUUACGUAUAAUGGUUAAAUCGAUCGAACUUUCCUCGGAUUCCCCGUGCCAGCUCCGAUUGCUGUGGGAGACUGGGAGCCACUACUAGUACUUAACCUUUAACAGUGACUCGAGGGAAUUCUACCCAAUACGCCCGGAACCUCGAUGGGACGACUGUCUGGUUCCUUCUUCAGGUUCAAUCUAAAAUAUUACCACAGGAGAUUACCUGCCAACCCCAGCUCAACAUGAAUGUCUAUUUUCCCGAUUCUGUUGGUUUUCAGACUGUCGCAUAUACUUCAGUUGCUUCCAUGACAGUUUUACUUUUUGACUUCAUCAUCACUUUUGACUCGGAGGUUCGUUGGACAUGGGGAAGGAGGUGGGGGAUCAUGAGAAUAAUAUUCAUCGUUUCUCGGUAUUUGCCAUUCGUAGGUCUUGUUAUGACUGUAUACUACUCGGUCGGGUCCACUCAUGGAGGAAUUCCUGAUGAUGGGAUUUUCACUGCUGUAUAUGAUGGCAUCCGCUGGUUGGGUAUAGCUGCUGCUGAGCUUUUGCUUGUGGUAAGGACCUACGUAGUUUGGGGGUGUGACAAGAGGUUCUUGACUUUGACUUUGACAUUUACCACGGUCGUCUCAGCAGCGGUGCUGGUAAUCUCAGACGUUGAUGCAAGUGAAUCCGGAGAUUCGACUGGCUUGUUUGUGGCAGGACCAAAUACCGCUGUUAUUUAUGGUUUGUUGAUGUUGGUUGAGCUUGUGCUGAUGACGCUGACACUGUACAAACGCUUCAAAUCUUUCCGAUCGGAGGGUAGUCCGUUGGUGGCUACUUUAUGUCGGGAUGGCAUAAUUUCCAUACUAUGUAUCACUCUGGUCUCGAUGGCGAAUUGCAUUUCCGUCAUUUUACUACCUCCAUCCUACACCGCACUUCUUGCUGGCCCACAACUAGUCGCGCAUAGCGUUCUUGCCUCGCGCAUCUUGUUCAAUUUACGAGAAAUGUCCGAUUUGCAGAAUGUUGUAACAGACGAGGUUAUUUUGGGAGUGGUUUCUCAACCCAUAGCGUUUGAAACUCCACCUUACACAGAUCCGGAGCUGUGGGAUUUACAAACUGCUAGUUCGAUGUCUACACAAUCUUGUUUUUCUAUCGAUAAUCCUAUGCCCUUGUGAGGUCAUUAACGUAGUCAA